AUGCCCCACAAUGCCCAUCACAAUCACCUCGGCAACCUCCAGGUCGGCUACCGCCUCACCAACAAUGCCGUCGACCCAUCGAAACCCACAUUGGCCUGCAUAAGCUCAAUUCACUUUACCUACUGGGACUCUGCAAUCGUGGCCCUGGAAGUCAUGACCGCCCUGAAUGUCGAGAAGGCGUUCGUUCUAGGCACGAGUCAGAGCGGAUGGUUGGUUGUGCGAACGAGCAUGGAUACCGAGACUCCCGAAUCGAGGGAGAAGGGGUGCUGUGAUCCUGUUCUGCUGCUCAGUCCGUUUGCACGAAGUGGUCGAGUGCCAGUGAGACGUAUGCUGGGGAGGAAGGGGAGGAGGAAGGCGAGGAUGGCUGUGCUGUGCUUAAUGCCGCGCGACUCGCUGACAUUGCGUUUAAGUGAUGUUACUUGUCCUAUAUACUGGCCUCAGGGGACGGAAGAUGCAUCGUAUGAAUGCCAGGUGCAACACGAACAUAUCGAGUCGUUUACGGCGAGCAAAGACAAGAAGCUGAGAAUUGUGGAAGGAGGUGCGCAUUACCUGAAUGCAACGAAUUUUGAGGGGGUCAAUGAAGCGAUCCUGGAGAUGAUAAAGAAGCAUGCUUCGUGACAACGUAGGCAGAGCAUAGCGGUUCGUCUAGUGGAUCGUUGAAAAUACACCAAGUCUACCUCUUUGCUUUCUCAACAGAACUAGUUUUAGUUCAUAUAUGUGGCCUCUCGUACUUAAGAAAAUCUUG